AUGUAUCUUGCUCUUCUGGUGAUUUUCUUGCAGUGUUCAGAACUUUACGCUCAGAGGAACGUUUUUACUUUCAACAAAGUUGAAAUCAGGGUUCAGCCAUCUGACAAGGUGAAGAAUGGAGCUCCAAUGUCAAUUAUCUGCCAUGCUGAUAUUAGCAAAAACACUGAUUUCCAGCUGAAGCAUAAUUUUACAAUUUAUAAGGACAAGAAGCUUGUGUUUAUGACCGUAUCAGACAAAGAAGAUGCACGGUAUGAAAUACCUGUGGCCAGAUCUUCAGAUACAGGAGAGUAUGAUUGUACUGUGCAAGCAGAUGGAAAGAAGGAUUUCAGUAACUCCAUCUAUGUUUGGGUAGCAGGAAUGACCAAGCCAAUCCUGACUGCUGAUAAAAAAGAAGUUUCAGAGGGUGAAGUUGUGAAAUUACGUUGUGAGCUGCCAGAAGAAGUACCUCCUCUAGAGUUCUUUUUCCGGAAGAUAAAGACAAAUUCAGCACCUAAAGAAAAACGUGUACCUGAACAAAACCAAAAUUUUUCUGAAGUCGAAUUUCAUGUUGAAGAGGGAGAUAAUAUUUUACAGUUUGAUUGCUUUGGCAAGAGACAAGUAAGAUCUGGAUGGGAAAGCUCACAACACAGCAACAGUACACUUGUCACAGUCAAGGAACCAUUUAUAAAGCCCACUCUGAUCACCAGGCCCUCCAGUAACAUUACAGAAGGAGACCAAAUAGAAUUUGAGUGCUCAACUGAGGUAGCUCAAAUGCGUGGCAUUGAAAUAAUCUUCCAGAAAAACAGGACAAUAUUGAACAGUGUACAUGAUGAGAAGUCUUUGAAAUACUCUACAGUAGCUACUCAAGAGGAUAGUGGUGAAUACCUGUGUAAGGUGGAGCAAGGAGCAGUGUCUAAAACCACCAAACUGAAUGUCUUUGUGUCAGAAUUAUUCCCCAAGCCAACACUGUCUGCUUCUAUGACUAAGUUGGAUGAAAAUAAAGAUUUAAUUUUGAGUUGCAGCAUUAAUGGUUUUCGGAGCGCCAACUUCUCUAUAGUACGGAAAAGUUCCAGUGGAGAUAUCCUGUUGAAGAAUUCUAGAGUCUUAGCAAUUAAAGUUAAUGUGAAUGAUACUGGAUCUUACACCUGCAAAGCUGCAGUAAAAGGAAUAGUCAAGGAGAGCAAACGUGUAAGGAUCAAUGUUUAUGCUCCAGUCUCCAAGCCAACUCUUUCAGUUGUCAGUGGUUCACCAGAGGUGGUGUUAGGGAAUCCUCUACAAUUAAUCUGUCAGUCAGUGAUGGGAACACCACCAAUAACAUUCACAUUCUACAAAGGGGAUGAAAUUAAGAAAAAUGUAACAAAUGACACAUAUGCUAUGUUCUUGGAUGAAGAUAUUGGACUAAAUGACAAUGGAGGAUACAAAUGUGAUGCUAGAAACAGUCACUCCAGCGGUGUGAAAACUAGCAAUAUUCUAAAUGUCACAGUGAUAGUACCAAUCAGGGAUGCCAGUUUGGGCAGUUUUCCAUAUGGAGAAGUAGAAGUUGGCAGUGAUACUACUUUCCUCUGCUCUGUGAAAGAAGGAUCUUGGCCAAUUGACUUCAAGUUUUUUAAAAAAACUGAUCAUGAAGUUCUUCUGCAUGAAGUAAGGGAAUAUUCAGACAGAACCAUAUGGCACAAGAAGACAAUGAAGAGGAAAGACACAGGAACCUAUUAUUGCAUGGCUUCGAACCGAGCCAGCGUGAAUGUGAGGAGCCGUCCAAUAACCAUCAGUGUCAUCUUAGCAGCUUGGCAGAAAGGAGUCAUUGCUGCUUUUGUCCUAACAGCCAUGGCAGGAGCAGGAGCCAUUGCUUUAUGGUGGUUUUUGCGUAAGAAGAAAAAGGCUAAAGGACCAUCCAUGGAGAUGUCUGGUUCUGCCUUAGCUCCAAACUUGACAAAUGAAAAACUAACAAGACAGCCCAGUGAUGGAAACUACUACUCAGGCUCAGGUUACAUUGAAAAUAAUGAAAACUACAUGAAAUCAACUGACGAGAGUAAAGGACCUGACGUUGAGAGUGCUGAGGUGGAUUACACUGAAGUUGAAGUCUCCUCGCUUGAUCCUCACAGAGCUCCUGAACAGAAGGGGACUGAAACAGUUUAUAGUGAAAUCAGAAAAACUAAUAAUGGACACUUCCUGUGGAAGAUGAUGUUAUUGAUUCUAUGGAAAACAGGCAUUCUAGAAUAUAUGGGCAUCCUGAUGCUACCUAGAACAGUCACCUCAAAGAUCAGCUGGGAGAAGAAAACAAGCCAAGAUGGAAGAUGUUGCAAGUAUUUCAAAGGCUUUGCAGCAGUUAUUUAUGAAUUUGCCAGACCCGUCUUUUCAAAGUUCAUUUCCUUAGGAGAAACAAUAGAGAUGUUCCUAAAGCAUUUAAUGGAUAAAAACUACAAAUAA